AUGUGGCUCCAACCUGGAAAAGUUCACACGGUCCCUGUCAUCAGCUUGGAUCUUAUUGUAUUACCUGGUCAAAUGGUCCCUAUGCAAAUUCACAACACAGUGUCUCGCUCUAUCGUCCAGAGAGCUAUCGAUGGCAAGAGCUACCUCGGGUUACUACCUAUUGUUCAGGGUGAAACGGGCAAUAGCAAAGAGCGCUACGGGAUUUUGUUGCAGGUAAACAAAUAUUUGAGUGACGGGCUUGCCAUGAAAGUGCAAGCUAUUGGGCGGCAACGAUUUCGUGUUAUAUCGAUGGAUAAUGAGACUUCGAGCACCUCGAUGGCAAAGGUGGAAGUCCUUUGUGACCAAACCCGAACACCGUUGCUACAAGCCAUAUGUCCUUCAAAAACGUGGAAGCUGCCAAAGAAAAGAAAACUCGCUAUUUUGUCAGAGAUGUCCAACAUUCCGUCAUUCGUCGCAGAGAAAACGAAUUUGGACAAUCAAUGUGAGGAACUCGGCUCGUGGAUGAAAAUGUGGUUUUCCAGUGAUAAAAUUCAAGGCGCGUUAGAUCUGGGCACUAUCAGCUUCAGCUACUGGGCAGCGCGAAAUAUUCCGAUGACUCUCACUGCUAAAUAUGAACAUUUGGUAGAAGAUGAAACGAAUCUACGAGUUGCCUCGUUACUGAAUUUGGUUGAUCAG